AUGGAGGGGGAGAAGCUGGGGGCGGCGGUGGCGGGGCUGUGGGCGGAGGUGAGAGAGCUGAGUCUUGGCACCUCCCCGCGAAUCGACGUCCUCGACACCCCGCCGUCGCCGCUGGUCUUCCUCCGCGAUUACGUCUCCGCCAACAAGCCCUGCCUCGUCCGCGGCGGCGCCGCCCACUGGCCCGCCGUCUCCCGCUCUCUCUGGUCCCACGACUCGUACCUCGCCGCCAUCCUCGGCAAGGACCGGCACGUCUCCCUCCACCUGACCCCCGACGGCCGCGCCGACGCCCUCGCUCCCCUCCCCGACGGAGACGACGAUAGUAAUCUCUGCUUCGCGUCGGCCUGCGUCCGGCGAGCUCCCUUCGCUGCUGCUCUGCGCCUCAUCGCCGCGUCCGGCCGCGACCCGACCUUGCCGGUAGUGGCUUACGCGCAGGAGCAGAACGACUGCUUCCGGGCGGCUGCGGAGUACGGCGGGUCGGCGCUGGCGGCGGACGUUGAGGAGGAGGUGCCCUGGGCGACGGCGGCUCUGGGCUGCUCGCCGGAGGCGGUGAACCUCUGGGUGGGGAGCGGGCGUUCAGAGACCUCCUUCCACAAGGACCAUUACGAAAACCUCUACGCCGUAGUCACCGGCGAGAAGCACUUCCUCCUCCUCCCGCCCACCGACGUACACCGCCUCUACGUCCGCCGCUACCUCGCCGCCCGCUACGUCUCCUCCUCCGCCGCCGCCGCCAGCACGGCCGGCGUGGAGGAGCUGAGACUGGAGCUGGAGGAACCGCGGAGGGAGGUGCCCUGGUGCAGCGUCGAUCCCUACCCGAGGACGCCCAAAGAAGCGGCGAGAGCAAGGGAUGAGAUGCCGCUGUACUUCCAGGGGCCGCCGCCAUUCCAGUGCACCGUUAGAGCCGGCGACAUCCUCUACUUGUAAGAACACUCACUGAUCGCCGAAGCUCCCCCUUCCUUCUUUGGUCCCGCCCCGAAGGUGUUUGAUUUUUAGCCUCUGAGAGGACUUACUCGUAGGCCGAGCAUGUGGUUCCACCAUGUGAGACAGACGCCCGACAGCUCCGGCCGGACCAUCGCCGUCAACUUCUGUGAGUAGCAGCGACCCAAUCAAUAAAUACGCCUACUUCUUCUCUUCGCCGCCAUUACUCCCCCUGCGCCGCGUCAGCACCUGACCGCCGCCCGCUGUUAAUCUUCGCCAGGGUACGACAUGCGCUUCGACAUCAAAUACGCCUACUUCAAUCUCUUACAGACCAUCGAAUACCCUCCUCCUUCCCGCGAUCCACCCAGCGGAGAAGAAGAGCCCGGAGACGGCCCACCGGUGGAGCGCCGCCGCAACGGAUCUCUCUGCGUAUGA